AUGGUCAAUACUAGCGUCCACAGCGACUAUUCAGUCGAAGAAAUUACCCAAGUCGGGCGCAAAGGCCGUUCUCAUGGCCACAAGUACGAUGGCGCUGAUUUUGACGAAUCUAUGACAAACCCGAGAACAAGCCGUAAUAAGCAGGAAAGACGCCGCUCACCGACUACAUCCAACAAGGCGCGGGCGAGUUCGGGGUCUGCAACGAAGAGACGCACCGCGUCGAAGAACGCGCAUUCGCAUCAACCCCAGGAGUGGCAUACCUCGAUGAUAUAG